ACGAAAAUGAAGGAAGGGGGACUUGGAGAAAAUGAAUCCGUCAUUGAAAUUUGUAUUGGUUAACAGGUCCAUUUGGGGCAUGCGAGGGUCAUUGCGCAUGCGGUUUAGAAUUGCAAAAGCAAGACGGAAGAGCGUUGAAUUAGCGUCAUUACUAGUGUUUUUGUUUAUCCAUUGGUCAUGUCGAUCUGAUAGGUGUGUGAUAUCCAUGUCAGCACUGUCGAAAACUUUCCAUCAUGAAUUCUAUCCCGGUUACUGUCGAGUCUGCCUUACCCCGCAGACGCACGACGUUUGCGCGAGGUGUUGAUGCCACACGUAAAGGGACGUCAGGAGUGGGCGUGCGAAGGCAAAAGACGCUGGUGAGACCUGAACGACAGCGAUCACAGAGGGCACCCAUCUUGCGAAAGGCGACUGCUGCUCCUCCUGCGGCGAGGGCGGGAGCUACCACAUACAGGAUAGGAAGGCAGCUACCAUCUACCGAGGCACUCACUGCUUACACUACUCCCCCUCCACCCUCUCCCGAGGAAUCAAAUUGGUGGACCUACACAUCCCAAUGUAUGACGUGCUGCAUAUGGCCACGAUGUUUGAACUAUAUAAACAUGACGGAUAGGGACGUUCAGCAGGCUUGGCGCGAAAAGGUCGCUCUGUGCAUGAUAAUUGUCAUAUUAUGCUUCUUUGUUGGAUUCUUCUCUCUAGGGUUGAAGCCUGCUCUCUGCCCAGAUGACGGAUCCAGUGCUACGGAUGCGUUCCUCAAUCAAACAGAUCAUACGAGUAUUCCAUAUCGUGACGAUGUCAUCGUCCGCGGAUUUCUCUACGACUUUCAAGACGUGCGAAACCUCCUGGCGCAAAAGAAUGGAAUUGAAAUGUCGGCGGAUUGGCAUGGGAUGGACUUGACCCAACUCUUUGUUUCCAUCCCGGAUGCGUGUGCAGGAUUUGGGAGGGCGGCAUCUCAACCGUGCUCUGUCCCAAGUCGGUAUGUGAAUGGGGCCCCGUUAGAACCUGGACCGGGUCAGGCGUGUCCAGAUUGGAACGCGCUAAGUAGCCUCAAAUCAAAAGGACGAUUAUUUUUCCUAUGGGAUGAAGUUAAAGCCAACAAAGCUGCUCCCCACACACUAGUGGUGUAUAACGGGGGGGUCUUGAAUGUCACAGACUAUUUUGGACGGACACCGUUUUUGAAUAAUUCCUCGUCGGGAAGGAGGCUGGAAAAUGGGGUAGGAAAAGACGUUACCUAUCCUUUCACGAUCACCGACGAAGGCAAACGUGCCAUCCAAUGUCUCGCUCAACGUUACCAAGUGGGAUUCGUCGACCGACAGAGCAAUGGGUGUGCCGCUUAUCAGACAAUCAUGAUAAUUAUGCUAAUUGUCGUCUUGGGUGUGGUACUCUGCCGCUUCUUUAUGGCCAUUGCCUUUCAUUAUUUGUUUUCGAAUCCAGUGAGAGUCAGCAAAUAUACCCCCCAUCAUCGUACCGCAGCCAUGAGACAGCAAUGGAAUCCAUAUGGCACAGGAGCAGUCGGAACCAUGCGUGGGUCUUUGGAUUCAUUUCAUGGGAUGCCACACGUUGGACGUACGAGUUAUGGUAGCGCUAUGAGGUCGCAUCCGCGCAUCUCGAGAUCUACUGUACCUCAGGAUAUGUUCACCAUUCUCCUCGUGACGUGCUAUUCUGAAGGGGAACAAGGGAUACGUAAUACCCUGGAAUCGCUAGCUGCAACCGACUAUCCGGAUGAGAAUAAACUGCUGUUUGUGAUUGCUGAUGGACUGAUCAAAGGAGACGACUGGAAAACGAGGAACAAGACGACGCCAGAGGUUAUUGUUGACAUGAUUAUGCAAGAUCCGACGUUACCGGAGCCGGAACCGCGAAGUUAUUUGGCGAUCGCAGAUGGUGCAAAGCAGCACAACAUGGCAAAAGUGUAUGCUGGUCAUUUUGCACAUGAGGGCCGAUACGUCCCGAUUGUAGUCGUCGUCAAGUGCGGUCCCCCGACUGAAAACACCGCCUCGAAUGCCAAACCAGGAAACCGCGGCAAACGCGACUCCCAACUCGUUCUGAUGAAUUUUCUCUCCCGGGUCAUGUUUGAUGACAGGAUGACACCUUUAGACCAUGAACUGUAUCUACGCAUUCAACAAGUCACUGGUGGGGUCACUGCCGACAGGUACGAAGUCAUCCUCAUGGUGGACGCUGAUACCAAGGUAGCCCCCACCUCGCUCCGACAUAUGGUCGAUGCCAUGAAAAAUGAUGAGCGAAUCAUGGGGCUGUGUGGCGAGACUCGCAUUGCGAAUAAGCGGGCGUCGUGGGUGUCGAGGAUUCAAGUGUUCGAGUACUACAUCUCCCAUCACUUGGGGAAAGCGUUUGAAUCCGUCUUUGGAGGUGUAACGUGUCUUCCGGGGUGUUUCUGCAUGUAUCGUAUUAAAGCGCAAAAAGGCCCUUCAACUGUACCGUUACUAGUCAACCCAGACAUUGUUGAAGAGUACUCGGAGAACAUUGUCGAUACCCUCCAUAAAAAGAAUCUGUUACUGUUGGGUGAAGAUCGGUUCCUGACGACCUUGAUGCUUCGAUCGUUUCCGAAGCGGAAGAUGGUGUUUGUCCCGCAAGCCAUAUGUCAUACGGUUGUGCCUGAAGAGUUCAAGGUACUCUUGUCCCAGAGAAGACGGUGGAUUAAUUCGACGAUACAUAAUUUGUUGGAGUUGGUAAAGUUGCGGGAUCUUUGUGGCAUAUUUUGCUUUAGUAUGCAGUUUGUGAUCGCGUUGGAACUCCUCGGAACCGUUGUUCUCCCUGCAGCCAUUGUUUUCCUCUACAUUCUCCUCUUCAGUGCCAUAGCAGGCAACGCCAAUACCCUCCCCCUAAUCAUGCUGUUAUUCUCGUUGGCCCUACCAGGAGUCCUAAUAGCAAUCACCACCAGAAAGUUUAUUUACGUAGGGUGGAUGUUGAUCUAUAUCCUUGCAUUGCCGAUUUGGAACUUUGUGUUGCCGGUAUACGCUUUUUGGCAUUUUGAUGAUUUUUCAUGGGGCCAAACUAGAAAAGUGGAGGGGGAGGGUUCGCAGCGGGCUCACGGGGGACGAGAAGGGGAAUACGAGAUUGGGUCUGUGCAAUUACGAAGGUUUUCUGAAUGGGAACAAGAGCGACUGGGACGUAGUUACGUACCAGGAGCACGCAAGCCUCUACCUCAAAUUCCCGUCGAACCCGAGGCGUCUUUUCCGGGUUCACCUGUGCUGAAUCCUUACGCUCCACCGUCCGGCGGAUCAUUACCCCGUGGGUCGUACUAUCCCGCAUCCCCCGCAUCAUUGCCCCGUGGAUCGUACUAUCCCGGAUCUCCUGUUAUUUAUCCCGUGGAUUACGUGCAACCCGGUGCUAGUUAUGCGCAAGGACCCGAGAUGUACCCGGACCCCCAUUCUGGACCAGAGUACGGUGAUCCCAUGUACGGUGACCCGACGUAUGGUGGAGCCCCGUAUGGUGACCCAGUGUACGGUGGAGCCCCUUAUGCUACCGCAGCGGAUCCAAGAUGGUCGACAGAUCCGUAUUCGUACGGGUACGCAAGCUACGAUCCUCCAAGUUCACCCCACCUUGCUUCAUCCACGUACCAGAUUGAAGAGGUACCACCCAUUUUGAACAAGUUGGGCGCGGCGCCUGUGGAAGAUCGAAGAAGCUGGUAUUUGGACAAGCAUCGGAACCGUAAAUUGUCGAGCAUGCCUCCUGGAGCGAUUCAAUUAAAGGGCUGGAUUCCACCAGAGGAGCGGGUUACGCAUACAGAGGAACGAGUGAGCGAAUCCGAGGGGAAUUCGAAUCAUAUUGUGGGAAAUUCGAGUCAUGUUAUGGGGAAUGCUAGUAAUUUGGCUGUUCCGGUUGUAGAGAUUGUUGCCCCCACGCCUACAUCAGAUCGGUCGACUCCUUUUCACUUUCCAGUUCCUGGCGAGGAGGAGGAUGAGGAGCUUGAUGACGGGCAGCAAAUGGAAAGCAACACUGCGGUAGAUGAGAAUGAGCCGAGACGACCUUUGCCGUUCCCGCUACAACAACAACAACAAGCAGAGACCAAGUCGUCUCCACCGAAACCUAAACCAAAAGGACCAGGCGUACGCGCCAAAUCGACUCUCCCCCAGAUCGUCACUGACACGGACAUUGCUGCGGUCCCUGGCAUCGCGUCCACUGUCCGACGGUUCUGGGAAUCAUUUGGUAACGGAGACGACCAAGACUCGACAUCCCCAUCACGUUCCACGAAACCACGCACGACUCGACCUACUACUACCAAACAAAACACACCACCCCGUCUCCCAACCAAACCCUCCCCACCAUCCCCCUCCAUCCGCACAAGCCUUCCAAAAGAUCCACCCCUCCUCACUCUCUCCAUUGAGAAAACAAGAGCCAAGGACUUAAUCCCCCGGCAAUCCUCUGAACUCACAAACUCGUAUUCAACCCUCCUCCCAUCCUUUUCAUUCGAUAUAAUUCCUGAUACCCCACCACCGGAGGAUACAUUGGACGCCCGCUCUUCAACGAGUUUCUCAUUUGGAGAGAGUAGUGUUGUAUCUGAAGAUCAUGAGCGACGUGUAGAUUUCUUUGGGCCGGGUGGUUUGGGGACGUUGGGGAGGAGGGAGAGGGAGCGGGGUGGGGGGUUGUGGAAGUGGAAGUAAAUCAUUUAUGUUUAGGAGGUGGUAGGACAUGGGACAUGGGUUUUUUGUUUGUUAUUAUUAUGUGAAAUAUUAUCAGCGAGUCAUUGUUGGAUAAUGUUGUUGAAACUGAAUGAUAAACAAAUGACGACAGAUGGGUUUUUAUGACACA